AUGAUUCUUUUGAUGCUCCUCUUUGGAGCCGUUUACAGUUUUACAAGUGCUGUUGGCAGUUAUAAUGUCAAAUAUUACCCGGAGAGUAAUGUUUACACUGCUUCCAAUGAAAAUUACAAUCGAUUGAAGUGCACGACGUGUUGCAGAGUUCUUUUUGCCUCUGAGUACAACUACGCCAAAAAUGCCAAAUUUACUGAUGCAGACGACAUAAAAGAUUACACUCGAUUUGUCAUGGACAAUGAAUUUGAUGAUAGAAGUCUUGUGCGCGCCUAUGAAGGAGGCUGGGAACAAAACAUUUUGUUACGACCACUCAAACCAGGAAAUGAGCUUCAGUUCUGGGAGUUUGCGCCCUACAAGAUGUACAUCUCCUUCCCCAUCCCACGAAGAGUUCACGAUAUCAGAGGUACUGCUGACCCGGGAAACACUUUGAUUAUAUGGAACAAAAAGCCGCCUUUGGCUGAAGGAACAAAGAACCAACGAUUUGUGUAUGUCCACCCAUACAAUGGAUAUCCUUCAAAUGAAAAGUACUCAAUUUAUAAGCAACACUUCUACAUCCCAUUCCAGACAGCUUACAGCUUGUGUUAUCAAACGAAAACUGGCGGUGAAACAAGAUCGACUUGGGACGGAAAUAGAAAUCUUCAAACUACUACAACCAGCUACCAAAUUAAAGCCGAACGUUGCUCACCUACAGACCCUAAACAGAUGUUCGUCCCCGUCUUUGCCUAA